UUCCUCAUCUUCUCCUCUCUCUCUUAUUCUCCUUCUUCUGCUUCUUCAACUUCUUGAUGUCUGAUGAGCUUAAGGAACUAUACGACCAAGGCCGAUCCACCAUGUAUUCAUCAUCCUCCUAUGAUUCGCAAGCUUUCGAUCCUUCCUCUUACAUGAGCUUAACUGAGUGUCUGCAAAUUGGAGCCAUGGACUACAAUUCACUUGCAACUUCUUUUGGUCUGUCUGAGGUAUUGAUUCCAUCAUCUGCUGAACAAGAAGGUAAGAACACUCAGAAGCUAUCAUCAGAAGAGGUAGAUUGUGGUACCGCCGGCGCCGGCGCCGAAACUCCACCAAUCACCCAGAACUCAUCUCUCUCUUCCUUCUCUUCUGAACCUGGGGUUGAAGAAGAUUCAAGCAAAAACACUGCGGACGAUCAUAACCAAGCCAAACCAGAAGAGGAAGCAGAAAGAUCUAAGAAAGGAAAGAAAGGAAAGAAGAAAGGAGAGAAGAAAGAGAAGGAACCAAGGUUUGCUUUCAUGACCAAGAGUGAAGUUGAUCAGCUUGAAGAUGGAUACCGCUGGAGGAAAUAUGGCCAGAAAGCUGUAAAAAAUAGCCCUUACCCAAGGAGUUACUACAGAUGCACGACACAGAAGUGCACAGUGAAGAAACGAGUGGAGAGGUCGUUUGAGGAUCCAACAACUGUUAUAACAACGUACGAAGGUCAGCACAACCAUCCUGUCCCCACUUCUCUGAGAGGAAGUUAUAAUUCUGCGGCUUUGUUCACACCUUCUUCUUCUUCAUCAUCAUCGUCUUCCUCGCAGUCCCCUUCCAUUCUCUCUCAUCUCAUGUUCCCAAACUUGCCAUCGCCUCACGACUUGCUUCUUCUCCAUGGAAGCUCCAGUAUAAAUAACAGUCCUCUUUAUUACUCUCACAACUAUGCUAAUAAUCCUAAUAAUUCUGUUCAUCAUCAGUAUCGUCAUCUUCAUCAUCAUUAUCAGCUUCCAGUUCCUGAUCAGCAUGACAAUGGCCUCCUCCAAGACUUGAUCCCUUCUUCUAUGUUCUUCAAACAAGAACCUCGAGAAUGAGUAGUCUCUGAUGAUCUCUCUUGCACUUUUGUUGUAUAUAAAUAUAUAAUUAUGGUCGUGGUGGAUGUCUAGUUCCAUAUAUAUUUAGCUAUAGAGAUAUAUCUAUCUGACUUAAUGAUCAAAAACCUACUUGGAAUGCUUUAUUUCGAGGCGGGUCUAGCUUGAUGAUAAUGAUCAGAAUCAUGAGGUAGUUGCUAGCUAGCUAGAAAGAGACCUAUAUCUAAUAUUGUAUGAAUAUGAUUGAUGAGCCUAUCAUUUAGGAUUUACAUCUUUAAUUCUAUGAAGAGCGUAAUGUCAAUUCACUGAUUAUUGAAA